AAAUGUAGAAGAAACAGAAAGACAAGCGGUCCUAUUGGAGAAUUGCCACUUCUCAGUUUGACAAAUUUUUGGUAACCCAAAUUGGAGAUACCUUCCAAAGAUGAACUUCCUAAGUCACAUUUUAGUCAUCUACCUGCUUCUUUUGUUCUUUUCUCCGAGAGGUGCCAUGGCAGAAAAGAAUGUUGUUUGGGGUAUACUGAAUCAGUCCAUCUCUUUGGACAUCCCUGAUUUCCUGAAGGACCAAGCUGAUAUACGGUGGUUUAAAGGACCAACUAUGAUCGCAAAAGUAAACCGAAAUGGAGUUACUUCCCAUUCUUCUGGGAUAAAUAACACAGUCUAUGAGAUAUUCACAAAUGGAACCUUGAAAAUUAAAGAUCUGAAGAAAGACUCUGAGCAAAAUUACAAGGUGUCAGUGUAUCAUAAAAAUGGAACAAACGUGUGGGAGAAGGAAUUGACUCUGCAUGUGAUGGAGGCUGUUUCAAAGCCAGAAAUGACAUGGAACUGCACUGAUGGAAGUGUCACUUGUGAAGUUCAGAGUGGGACUAAUGUCGAGCUGACCUUGUUUGAAAAUGAGACACAGCCUCUGAAGAUGGGGACCACGAAAAAAAAUGGAAUGAGGCUCAAGUACACCUGGUCACAGAAGCACCCCCCACUAAGGGAGUUCAAAUGUGUGGCAAAAAACCAAGUCAGCGAGGAGUGGACUGUGGGCCAAACCUCCUGUACAGUGAAAGUCUGGAACAUUUAUCACAUCCUGAGUAUUUGUGGAGGUGGGAUAAUCCUGUUAAUCUUCUUGACUCUGCUCAUUUCCUGUUUCCUGAGGAGGAAAAAACAAAAUAAGAAGACAAAUGUUACAGAUCAGAAUCUAGAGAUUCACAUCUCCAGAGCAAAUAAGGAAGAGAGAGGUCGAAAGCUUCCUCAGAGUCCAGAUCACCAUCCACAAGUAUCUGGUGGUCGCCAUCCUCAGCAACCACGUGGUCACCGUCCCCAGUCACCUGGUCACCGUCUCCAAGUACCUGGUCGCUGUCCUCCAGUACCUGGUCACCGUCCUCAGCUACAGCAGAAAAGGCCUUCUCCAAAAGUCCAGCAGCAAAGUGGACCUCCCUUGCCCAGGCCUCGAAAUCAGCAAAAGCCUCCUCACCAGGAAAAGGAAAAAAGAUAAUUAUUUCUCCUAGAGGAAGUUUUUCUUCUCCCAACUUGUAAACGGAUGUAAAAAAGAUCCUUCCAAAUAAACAGUACUGCAGUUUUCCCUAUUCGUGGUACAAAUUCCUAUGAUCAUUUUCUACCUCUGGGCUACCACUUUUCCUAAGUGUCACUGGUCAUGGACAAUGUGUA